CAGAGGCUUCAAACGGCGGAUCAGAGCGCGGAGAUGCCGGGGAUGAUGGACAAAGGCUCGGAGUAUUUAGGUAAAGGUCGAUCAAACGGCACCAAGAGUCCGUCCAACGCUUCUAACGGACAUUUCUCUGAUGAGAGCGGCAGCGACGACGAGCACGAUGUGGGGAUGCGGGUUGGAGCGGAUUACCAGGCCAACAUUCCCGACUUCGAGCCCGGUUCCACUAAGUACACCGAUAAAGACAGCGGAGGGAUGCUGGUUUGGUCUCCGUACCACAACAUCGUCGACUCAAAACUGGACGAGUACAUCGCCAUCGCCAAAGAGAAGCACGGAUACAACGUGGAGCAGGCUCUCGGCAUGCUCUUCUGGCACAAACACAACAUCGAGAAGUCUCUGGCCGACCUGCCGAACUUCACCCCGUUUCCAGACGAGUGGACGGUGGAGGACAAGGUGCUGUUCGAGCAGGCCUUCAGCUUCCACGGGAAGAGCUUCCACCGCAUCCAGCAGAUGUUACCAGAUAAGUCCAUCUCCAGUCUGGUGAAGUAUUAUUACUCAUGGAAGAAAACUCGCUCCAGAACGAGUCUGAUGGACCGACAGGCCCGAAAACUGGCCAACAGGAGUAACCAGGGCGACAGUGACGAGGAGAUGGAGGAGGCCAAUCCGAUCGAAGCCAACGACAGCGACUACGACCCCAACAAGGAAGCAAAGAAAGAGAACCAGGUGGAGCCGGUUCUCCCGGGUUCUAAGGUGGCUCUGGGUCGUAGGGAGCACCAGACUCUGCAGCACCGGCACCACCAGCGUUCCCGAUGCCGGCCUCCUAAAGGAAUGUAUCUGACCCAGGAAGACGUGGUGGCCGUUUCCUGCAGCGCCUCCGCAGCCAACAGCCUCCUCCGCCAGCUCGACAUGGAGCUGGUGUCCCUCAAGAGACAGGUCCAAAACGCCAAACAGAUGAACAGCGGCCUGAAACACAUGUUGGACGCUGGGAUCGAAGAUUUCAAGCUGCCGGAGAGCAACCAGAAGGUGAACGCUCGCUGGACCACAGACGAGCAGCUGCUGGCUGUUCAAGGUGUCCGGAAAUACGGGAAAGACUUCCAGGCCAUCGCCGACGUCAUCGGGAACAAGACGGUGGGCCAGGUGAAGAACUUCUUCGUGAACUACCGGCGGCGGUUCAACCUGGAGGAAGUGCUGCAGGAGUGGGAGGCCGAGCAGGGAACCCGAGCUCCCAGCGGAGACAGCGCCACCUCUGGAGAGGAGGGGAAGAACAGCUCCACCACUCCGUCAGGGAAGAGCACCGACGAAGAGGACGAAGAGGGUCAGGUGAUCUCCUCAGGUGCGUCUCCUGCUGCCUCCUCCUCCUCCACAGCUCAGACUCCGGUGACGUCCAGCACCGCCUCCUCCGCCUCCUCUUCCUCCCUCCACCAGCCCCCUCCCCUCCUGCGGCCCUCCCUUCCCGCCACGCCUUCCCUGCACCGCCAGCCGCCUCCCCUCCAACAGCAGGCUCGUUUCCUGCAGCCUCGCCCCACCUUGCAGCAGCCCCCACCUCUCAUCCGCCCUUCCAACCCCCUGCCCCCGCGCCUCAACCCCCGCCCUCCUUCUGCCAUGACCCUCGGAGGCAACCCCGGAGGUUCAGGCCCGAGCUCCUCCCAGCAACCGUCUGGCCUCGCCGUCCACCAACCAGAGGCGGCCUCGUCUUCCUCCCUCCACUAACGAACGUCACACUGAGCGUCCGCCGCGUUGUGUUCAGGUCCUGUGGGAAAAUCUGAGUGACUUUACAGUUUGAAAAAUAACCAGAACACACCAAACACUCGUUGUGAUCUUCAACCAUAAAGACAAACUUCAUUUCAAGGUUUUAUAUUUGCAUUUAAAGUACAGAAGAUGAAACAGAAGAAGAAGUAAACAGUAUUUAAGGUUGAUGUUUUCAUUUUCCUGCAAGACUCCAACUGCUGGUUGAUGGACACCUGGUUUCAAAAGAAGAUUUGACUUCAGUACGGUGCAGAUCAGUAAAGAAAAGCAUUUA